GCGACCUGUUUGGUUACAAACGCAUGCCAAACGUCGCUUGCUGGCUUUAAAAGCUCUCCUCCCCCCUCCCCUUUCUUUCGCAGUCUAUAAAGAAUUGAUCUGAGAAGAAGCAGCUACGACAGUAAGAAGAAGAAGAAAACGAAAAUAAGUCAAAGGUUGUGUGUGCACGUUAACGCCAUAAUCGUCGGAGAGACACCUACGUACAUCAGCAUUUUCUGGUCCUCUUACAAUAACAUUUUAUAAAGAAAAUAAUUAGAAAAGGAAGAGAAUCAGAGCAGAGAGCGAAAGUUAUGGAUACUCUGUGCUUGAAAAGCGGGAUUUCCGGAAUAACUCCGUCGAUCUCUGUGGGUGGGGCCUUCGAAGUCCGUUCAAACGCAACACAACAAGUGAGUGCGGUUGGGAAGUCCACGGUGGAAAAAUCUACGGGGGCUACGCCGCCUAACAAAACGUUGUCGUCUAGGUUAUUUUCUUUUAGGUAUCCUUUGAAGUCUUUUUGGCCGGGGCUGGGGGGAGGUGGUGGAAGUAGUAAAAGAUAUAAAGGGAUUGCAUUAGAAGACGCUGUUUUGGUGGAGAAUGGAGAGAAGUCGAUUGUCGAAGACGGUUGCGAGAUUGAACCGACAAUGGGGACGUCGUAUACGAAAGGGCAGGAUGUCAAUUGGGUGUUGAAGAUUCUGCACGUGAGGUCUCUGUGGCGAGGCAGAGAAGAUACGAGAGAAGGUGAAGGAUUGGAAAAGGAACAGGGUGAUAUUGUUGAUGGUCAAAUGGACGAUAUUGAACAUGGUGAUGAAGAGCAAUGUGAAGUUUGCAAAAUUGAUGAUGUCGAAAAAGAGUUCGAGUUUGACAAAGAAUCUUUUUCCAGUUUGUUACGGAGGGUGUCAUUAAGGGAAGCCAAGCUCUACGCGCAAAUGUCUUAUUUGGGGAACUUGGCUUAUUGCAUUCCAAAAAUCAAGGCAGGAAAUCUACUCAAAUUUCGUGGGCUACGGUUUGUGACUUCUUCAAUAGAGAAAAAAGAUUUGGCAACGAAAUCCGAGAAGGUUCAGGUGGCUUCUGAAAAGCAGGAAGAGGAAAACAAGCCAAAAGAUGAGGCCGAAGGCAAGGAGCAAAAGAACAAUGGUUAUCGAAUUACUGCAUCUACUGCUUAUCAAAUAGCUGCCUCUACCGCUUCUUAUCUACAUUCUCAUACAAAGAGCAUUCUUCCAUUCACAUCCUCAAAAUCUGAGGCUGGUGCAGAUUUAUCAGAAAACUGCAGCAGAACUGAUGUCAAUAUUAAUAUGAUGAAUGCAGAAGUAGCUUCUUUAAUGGCAACCACUGAUUCUGUGACAGCUGUGGUUGCUGCAAAGGAGGAAGUGAAGCAAGCUGUUGCAGAUGAUUUGAACUCGACACGUUCAUCACUCUGUGAGUGGUUCAUUUGUGAUGAUGACCACGGUGGUACGAGGUUCUUUGUGAUUCAGGGGUCUGAAUCUUUGGCAUCCUGGCAGGCAAAUUUACUUUUUGAGCCUUGCCAGUUUGAGGGAUUUGAUGUGCUUGUGCAUAGAGGUAUAUAUGAGGCUGCAAAAGGGAUAUAUGAACAGAUGUUGCCUGAGGUUCAUGCACACCUAAAGGCUCGUGGCAAAUUUGCAACAUUCCGAUUCACUGGACAUUCUCUUGGGGGUAGCUUGUCACUACUUAUAAACCUGAUGUUGCUUAUACGGGGUGAAGUGCCAGUAUCUUCCUUGCUUCCCGUGAUAACAUUUGGUGCACCAUCUAUCAUGUGUGGAGGUGAUCGUCUUCUUCAAAAGCUUGGGUUGCCACGAAGUCAUGUUCAGGCAAUAACAAUGCACAGAGAUAUAGUCCCUCGAGCCUUCUCUUGUAAUUAUCCUAAUCAUGUUGCAGAGCUUCUGAAGGCUGUAAAUGGGAACUUCCGUAAUCAUCCUUGUCUAAAUAACCAGAAGCUACUAUAUGCUCCAAUGGGGGAGCUUCUGAUACUACAACCGGAUGAGAAAUUUUCUCCCAAUCAUCCCCUCCUUCCUUCUGGCAGUGGGUUAUAUUUUUUAAGCUGCCCAUUGUUGGACACGAGUGAUGAUGAAAAGCAGCUGCAGGCUGCAAAGUUGGUAUUCUUAAACUCACCACACCCCCUUGAGAUCCUAAGUGAUCGCUGCUCAUAUGGUUCCGAAGGAACCAUUCAAAGAGAUCAUGACAUGAAUUCUUAUUUAAGAUGUGUGCGGAGUGUGAUUCGCCAAGAGCUUAAUCAAAUCAGGAAGGCUAGGAGAGAGCAUCGUCGGAAGUUUUGGUGGCCUCUUAUGUUACAGCAUGGGAUAAAUGCUGGCAUCGUUGUGGAAAGGCCAGUGAUGUCAGUGAAGUUAGGCUUAGAGCAAUUCAAGUUUUCUGGUAUCCUACAGACAGGUAAAGAAUCCUUGAAACGGUUUAGCAGGCUUGUUGCAUCACAGCACAUGCAUUUGCUUGUGGUGUUGUUGUUCCCUGCACGAUUGUUACUUCUUGGGGCAUCUAACAUUAUCAGCUUCAGUUGAUUGGUCUAAUGGGUCGCCACAGUGUAUACUUUUUGGUAGAAUAUUGUACAGUGAGGGCACAUGGCUGGCUAUAUUGUGGUUAGAUUCUUUAUUCAUUGGAUUUGGAUAUCAAAAGCCAAUUGGAAUAUUGAAAUGAUAUGUAGAGAAAAAAAAGACAGUCAAUAUCAUUCAAUACAAAAAUGAGAUUACUGUGUGGUUCCGCUGUUGGAUAACUAUAGUCUGCCGAUUUUUUUUCAUGCAAUGUUAAGAUUGUAAAAGUUGAGUUGUUGCUACAAUUUAUGAUCAGUAUGGAUAAUCUUUUGCUGGA